AUGCAACACUCCAGCGAUACGAUGAGACAAGCAAAGCGGAAGACGCGAGGCGAAGAGGGGCGGGACGACGAGGAUGUGGAGAUGACACACGCCGACACCUCCAAUGCCAUGGAUGAGGUGGAAGACGACGAUGACAGCGAGAAGGAGCUUGUGGAUGUCGAUUUUGUCUUUUCCGAGCCCCAAGAGAUUGACUUCCAUGGCCUCAAGUCGCUCCUCCGACAAACCUUUGGUGACGACGCAGAUAACCUGCCUCUCUCCGAGCUGGCCAGCACUGUGAUCGAUCAAAGCUAUAUUGGGUCCUGCGUCAAGGUCGAGGGGGAACUUGACCCUUACGCAGUGAUGUCAGUCCUAAACCUCUCAGCACCGAAGGACCGAGAGAGUAUCUCGUCAAUUCGAGCCUAUCUUCUCCAAAAGGCCAAGAAAAACGCGGAGAUGCAGCGCAAACUGGCAGCGCUUCUGGAAUCCAGCGAUCAUCACAUUGGGCUCUUGAUCAACGAGCGUCUCAUCAAUAUGCCUCACCAAGUUGUCCCAGCAAUGCUCAAAAUGUUGCUCCAAGAAGUUGACAAGGCCAUUCAAGAGAGCAAACCGUUCAAAUUCGAGUACUACAUCAUGAUAUCCAAAACGUACAAAGAGGUAGAGUCGCAGCUGGAACAAGAUAGCGAUGGCGAGGACAAAGUCGAGUCGCAGGAAGCAUCGAAGAAAAAUAAAAAGCAAAGGCUGGUCACGGUUUACUACUUUCAGCAGGAGGAUGAGCUGAUUGAGGAGUUCGCCGACUUCAGCUACGACUACAAGUUUUCCAAAGAGGGCUCGUCCUCUGAUUCCAAGAGAGCCUUUCAGGAAUACGGCAUCGAUCCGUCCAGAAGAGUCUUUGUCAUCCACCGCUCUAAACUGCCCGAGAUAUUGAAGAGAUUCGAGAAAGUUCUCUCUGCUUAACUCUUGGAACCUUGCAUUGUUCUGUUAAUUGGCAUAGCGAGUUUGAAAUGGUUCCCUGAUAAAUCCAAACCGCCACCACCAAGCUUGUUCGGAACAUGAACGAGCAGCGCCGAUGAUUACUAGAGUAACCAUGAGUCUGAAGUCUGAUGAUCGUUUACGGCUGCAUCACCUCAGGCGUGCGAUUGUUUCCAGUCUAGGUUGGCAAUCUCUUUGUUUUUGGUUGGUUUGGGAAGCAUGGUCAUGAAUACACGACCGAUUCCCUGUGGCGACGGGACUGGCAUAC